UCUCGCGGUGUAGCUGGUGUUGUUUCCACAGAGGGGAGUCACUGGUGUGGUGUAGAAGUAUUGUUUGUGGUCUUUCUUAGACCUUAUUUUUAAAGCCAGUCGUUUCUCUAACGUCUGUAGGCGAGUGAGGCCGUAUCUAAAAAUGGGUUCAGUACUUAGUCGAAGAAUUGCUGGAGUUGAAGACAUCGAUAUUCAAGCUAAUUCAGCUUACAGAUAUCCCCCCAAAUCAGGAAAUUACUUCACCAGUCAUUUUUUCAUGGGAGGGGAGAAAUUUGACACUCCGCAUCCUGAGGGAUAUUUGUUUGGGGAAAAUAUGGAUUUAAACUUUCUAGGCAACAGACCUGUUCAGUUUCCCUAUGUGACCCCUGCACCUCAUGAGCCUGUGAAAACCCUGAGGAGUCUGGUGAACAUCAGGAAAGACUCUUUACGGCUUGUCAGGUACAAAGAUGAUGCUGAGGGCACGACUGAGGAAACUGAAAAUCCCAGAGUUUUAUAUGGUGUGGAGUUCUGUUUUGAUACUGAUGCUAGAGUUGCCAUAACAGUAUAUUGUCAGGCCUUUGAGGAGUUUUCUAACGGAAUGGCAGUGUAUACUCCUAAGACACCAGCUCUGGUCUCUGAAACUGUCCAUUAUAAGAGAGGGAUAAAUCAGCAGUUUUCUUUGCCAUCCUUCAAGAUUGAUUUCACUAAAUGGAAGCCAGAGGAGUUGAACUUUGAUCUGGACAGAGGUGUAUUCCCUCUGGUGAUUCAGGCAGUCGUUGAUGACGGAGAUGAUGUCAUAGGACAUGCUCAUGUACUUUUAGCAUCAUUUGAAAAGCAUGUUGAUGGCAGUUUUUCAGUGAAGCCCUUGAAGCAGAAGCAAAUAGUUGAUCGAGUGAGCUACCUUCUCCAGGAGAUUUAUGGCAUUGAGAAUAAGAACAAUCAGAAGACAAAGUCUCCAGAGGAUGAGAACAGUGACAACAGCAGUGAGUGUGUGGUGUGUCUGUCAGACCUACGCGAUACACUUAUACUCCCCUGCAGGCACCUAUGCCUCUGCAAUGCCUGUGCGGACACCCUGCGUUACCAGGCCAACAACUGCCCCAUCUGCCGACUGCCCUUUCGUGCACUGCUCCAGAUCCGUGCAGUGAGGAAGAAACCAGCUAGCAUGCUCUCUUCUGUCUCCUUCAGUCCAGUGCUCUCUCAGAGCUCAGACCACACAGAGAAUACGAACUCUGAGAAUGUCCCUCCAGGGUAUGAGCCAGUGUCCCUGCUAGAGGCGCUAAACGGGGUGCAGGCUCUUCCACCUGCCAUACCUUCAGCUCCUCUCUACGAGGAGAUCCAGUUUACAGGUGAGGUGGGUGACCCACUGAACCUGAGCAGACGACAGCAGAGCAUGAUGGAGCACAGUGCAGACCCUGCAGCACUGAAAGGCAAAGGGAGCAAAUCACCAGAUGGAUCCGUAUGCUCUCCAUCGUCUCCUAUCCAGGAAGAGGAGGAUGAGGAGAGACUGUCUGAGCUUUCUGAUGCCCAGCCUCGCACUGUGCUGCCCUAUAGCCCAGCACCCACCGAGGGAACAAUAGAUGGGGAAGCCUCUGAACCUGCCUCUCCUAACACAGGUUCAGAGAGCAGGACUCUGGGCGUGUCUGUGAGUGAGAUCCUGCAGGACUGUCACAGUGCCCGCAGCAGCUUGAGCCGCACUGAGAGCGACCCCUCAGCUGACCUGGCCCUGCCUGGGUCAUCUGGGUCCAUUGAGAGUCUGAAGAGUCAGAGCACCAGCAGCUCCAGCCAGCCUCUGCUCUGCCUCCCCAGCAGUCUACACAUGGAGGACGAGCGCCUCAGCCCAUAGCAGCAAUGUGCUUUCCUCCGCUUUCAUUAGCACUUUUUCUCCUCUUAGAAUUUAUCUCUAAGCCUCCUCUGCCUUCAGUCAAGAGUGUCUUACUCAGAAACAACAUACCACAAUCACUAAUGUCUGUCAGUUAAGCAACAGAAGGAGUGCAUUAUCAUUAAUAACAUCAUGGCUGGGACUUGGUCACAGUAGAUCAUCACAGCUGUAAUGCUAUUUGUGAUAACAUACAGUCUGUAGUGUUUUAUGCAAGGUAAAGAAGAAGGUAAGGCAAAGAAGCACCAAACAUUGUAUAAAUAUAUGCUUUUAAUAUUUAGCAAUUUCUUCCACCAAAAAGUAGUUCCAGCAGGUUAGAGUAAGGUGACCGUUGUUGCUGCUUAGAAACCAGUGGUUAGCGGGAAUGAGACAAAUACAUUGUGAAAACCAUGCUGUUAUCAAAUGUAACACCACAGGUUGAACAGUUUUCAACCAGUGAAGCAAAAAGUUUUGGAAAUACCUGUUGAAUGAGAGAGGCUUUAGCUGUCCAAAAUUCUUUCUGCCAGAAUAUUGUGUGAAUACUUUAGUGUCUUCCAAACUACAAAUCACUAAGUUUGGAAACUUGAUUCAUAGUCCUCAGGUGCUGGAUACUGCAGAUUUUAUUUUUGCCUGCACUGGGUUUCCAAUCGAAUCAAUUGCAGAAUUUGUUCACUUUGCGUGCAAGUGAUGGAAAAAUGCAGGACCAGAUUUGAUUCAGAUUGGGGCCAGGUUAAAAGACAAGAAGGUUUAUGAAAGGGGUUUUAGUUAGUUGUGUGCAUGAGUCUAAUUUGAUUAUUUACUGGCUGGUGUAAACGAAUAAUCGGUAGCUCAGGAUGUGCAUAAAACUAUCAUGCACUUUGUGGCCAGCUUUCCGAAAUAGACCUAGACUAGACUGAAAACUCUAAUCAAAUACCUGUAAUUAGAAUAGUAUACCUUCGAAAAUAAAUUUAAUCAGAUUGCAAUUGCCUUUUUUGUGGAUUACUAUUUUUAAGGACCUUUUUGCUUAAACAAUAUUGAUAAAUCAGCCCAUUAUUUCUUAAUUUAGAGUAAACUGCAAAAUAGUCAUGUCACUUGAACUGACAUUAAUAAUUAUGCAUAGUUUUAUGAGAAAGGAGACAUAAGGGGGAAAUUAGGACUGUGUCUUCACAUGAUUCAGUCUUUUUGAAACCUUUUUACCAGUUAAGAUGUGAAACCAAACAAAGCUGUUAAAAUAGAAAUACUUCAAAAGUACCCUAGUAAUCAGGUGAGAUUUUACUUUUUAAAUCUUAAAGUUGCAGUACUAAACUUUGUAGUCAGAUAAUUUGUAAUCAGUACAAGAUUACAUUUCUUAAGUCCCUACACUUCUUAAUCUACCAGUCAACAAUGAUGACGUUCAAUGAGGAGACAUCCUUGCAUUACAGUUUAGUCCCAGACUAGACGGACCCAUAGCUUCUCAUUUCCAAGUAGUUUAGAAGGGUAUGUUUUUGUAUGCAUAUGCUAUGAUUUAGCAUAAUUAGACAUAGUAAAAGCUAACAGAAAUACACCAGAGAGCUGACACAUGAGAAGAAACUCGCACACCAUGUUUACAGAUGACAUGACAGUCCCUUACAUAUACUGCCCUUACUGAGCCUGUAAAUCUCCAGUCUCAUUGGACUCUUCAUUCUUACCCAUUUCUAAUCUGAUAUCAGACGGUAAUUAGAACCUGUGACAGUGCAAUCAUGUGGUCCAGUCAGUUUCUUGUAUGCCUUUUAUUUCAUUCUUUAAGUAAGCAUCUUUUUGUGGUCUGAGUCUUUUCUAUUAUUUUGUAUUGACAAUUGAACACUAAGUAAUAUUUCAGUCUGUGAUGCAUUGGAUAUAUUAAUUGUGGAGCUUAUGUCUGAGCCUGUAUAUCUAUUUGUGCCUUAGAGCAUAUGGCUGUCCCUUCUGGUCUCUGAAAUGUGCAACAUGGGAAGCUGUAAAGCUUUAAUUAUAGUCAAUUGAAAUGGGUUUCCCGUACAUAAAUGUCUUUUUCGUGGCAGAAAUUAAGUCUAGUCUCAGAUCUAAAGAGAUUUUUGAGCAGAAGAACUCCACUGCAUAUGAAAUGCAAUAUGUCAAAGACUAGACUAAAUCUCUGUCCAACAGCCACCCUGGAUUGACAUCUGUCACUUUUUAGUCAUUCACUGCUGCUGGCCCCUGUAACAGUAUUGUACAUUUGUAUGUAGAUGAAUCAUUUUAUCAUAAAGUGCUGUAAACAAC